GCCGAUGGUCGGUGGACGUUUCCAUCAUGGCGGCUUCCAUUUCGGGUUAUACUUUUAGUUCUGUGUGUUACCACAGCGCCAACAGUAAUUCUGACCAUGAGGGCUUCCUGUUAGGAGAAGUAAGGCAAGAGGAGACAGUCAGCAUUAGUGACACCCAGAUCAGCACUGCAGAAUUGCUUCAAGUAGUUGAAAUUCAUAACCAUAACCCUUGCGCGCAGUUAUUUAGCUUUUAUGACUAUUCGGGCAAAGUUGACGAAGAAAGUCUCAAGCGAAUACUUAAAGACAGACAGAAAAAUGUCAUUGGUUGGUACCGGUUCCGAAGGAACACCCCGCAGCAGAUGUCGUUCAGGGAACAGAUCAUCCACAAACAGUUGACCCAGCUGCUGGGCGUGCCAGACCUAGUCUUCCUUCUCUUCAGCUUCAUCUCUACAGCCAACAGCUCCACCCACGCUCUGGAGUAUGUGCUCUUUAGGCCCAACCGCAGCAGGUACAACCAGAGGAUCACCCUAACUAUACCGAACCUCGGUAAUACCAGCCAGCAGGAAUACAAAGUCUCCUCAGUGCCCAACACCUCGCUCAACUACGCAACCGUCAUCAAGGAGAAUGGAGCCGAGUUCUUUGACAAGGAUGGUGUCAUGAAGGAUAUUCGAACGAUUUUCCAAGUCUACAACGCACUACAGGAUAAACUGCAGGCGGUCUGUGGAGAGGUGGAACAGAGCGAGCGCAUUAAAGAGAAGAUUCAAGAAGAUGUGAACGAAAUCAAACAACAAAUUGAUCUCAGGAAACGGAAGACGGCGGAGGAGGAGAAAAAGCUCUGGGAGGCUCAGCACGCAGAUCUUCAUCAGUCCAGCCCAGAGGAGAACACGGAACAGUCCAGGGCUUCCCUAACAUCCAGGAUAGCCUUCCAGACCCCCGCGGCUCCCGAGCGGCCGGGCAUCUCACCCAACCCUCCUUCUUAUGAGGACCUCAUGUCCCAUGACAGAGCUCUGCUCUCCACCUCCUCCACCCCCACCAGCGCAGCCCUGCUGCCACGGCCCCAGGCGGUGGGUUCCCCGGGCCACCCCAGCCCCGCCUCGCUGGUACUGGGCAUGGGUCUCGGGCUAGGCCUCGGGGCCGGCUCGGGUCCCACUCUCCCCUCCGUCACACCGUACCUGGGUAACGGCGACGGCUCGAGCUCCGACUCCCUGGACAGACAAGCGGCAGGACAGGAGGACGAGGAAGACGAAGAAGAUGAGGACGAAGACAGUAGUGAGUACGAGAACUUGGUAAGCGAAGCCCAGCUUUUGCCACCCCUGUUGGCACAGGGGCGCCCAGCAGCGCUCAGUCCUGACGGAGACGUGCGGGGCUCACAGACCUCGUAGACCACAUGCCGCUGUGUGCCAAAGGGACACCAAACAGCUUGGUAUGAUGAAUCGAUAACCUAAUCAAAGACUAUUAAUUUCCUGUACGAGGGAGGAAGUGGCAGGCCUGGAGAGAAAAGGCGUGCACAGGGGGAUGUUUCCACCAUAUGCGUUUCUUAUUCGUCUGUAGUUUGACCUCCAUUUUUAGGGGAAAACUAACCCCGGCUUUGCAGACUUAAUGGGAGUAACUGGAGAAAUGUGUUCUUUUAACAUCGGGUCACUCCGUAGUGGAUGCGUGUUGUUUCAGUGUCAGUGGUGGCCGACUGAUCUGGGGAGCCCUCUUGGUACGACACAGACUUUAGUUCACCCUCACUGGAUCAUGCUACUUCACUUCCACUGGAUCAUGCUAUUUGCGCAUCUCUGAGCACCCAACGAUACCAUUACCUCUUGCACUAUUUUUGCCUUCAAUUUAUUUAAGAAAAGAAAAGGGAAAAAUAUUUAGCGGCCUUCAAACUUUUCUUUUUCUUAUGAGGUAGGCACGUUUUUAUUUUAUUUUAAAAGAUGUAUGUUGACAAUUUUUUCUUUUAAAUUGCACAGUUAGGUCAUUUUGAUAUUGGGUGUCCAUUAGUAGUUUUUGUUUUCAUACAAGCACAGUAUGUCUAUAAUAAAUAGUCGAGAUGCCUAUUAAGUAAAAAUUGAUUUAAAUCACAUUCAUCCUUCCACUUCUAUAGUAGGUGCUGGUGUAUUUUUGUCAGAGUAACAAGUUUGUGAAACUUGCAUAAUCAACAACGAUAUCAGUGUCUCCUUUAGAUGAACACUGACAUCAAAUGCGCUUUGCUGCACUUAGCUAGUCAGAUUUAAUCCGAUUUAUUUUUAAUAUUGUGCUUUAACAAUGAGGAAAUAUUUGCCACUUUUUUUUGUACAUUGGUUUGUCUUCACAGGGCAAACAAACAUACUGUAGCUUUACCAGAUGCUGAUGGCUCUUACACUAAAGCUGCAACACAGAGCAAAACCACAACACAAACUUUGCACCUGCCUGUUUAUUCUUUCCAUAAAAGUCAUCCCUCGCACACUCGCCUCAGACUGCUCAUAUCCCCCCGCAAACUACUACUAACGUUACACAAGCUGUGUCUGUGGACUUGGUAUCUAUUAAAUUCAUUAUGGAAGGCCAACUGCCUCUUUUACUGUGUACUGUAACCCUGGUUACCAAGGCAGAUCACUUUCUGUCUUUCUACAGAGUCCACAUCAGAUCUCAUGCAUUUCAAACCUGACCAUUCAGUUGUUAUGUAUGUAGACGUUGACGAAAAUACCGUGGCUUUAGAUUGGAUUACAGUGCCUUCCACUCAGGAUUGUGUCAUACACCCGUAACUGGACACAGAAUGCAUUUGCAAUGACUUUUUAAUCUAUGCUGUUCUUAAAAUGUUUUUUUUUGUUAUUUGCUACACAUUUACAACGCACUAGUGUAAUGUGUUGCUUCAUCUUUACAACUGAUAUUGAAAACACUGCACACCCUUAUAUGUGAUAUUUCUUUUUUCUGUUAUUUUUC